ACUUCACACUCAGCGAGCACAAUCAAGACACAUUCAACAGAGGAUUAGCAAAUGCUGCAAAGACCGUGGGUGCCUGGAUCAUCACGAAAGGUUACUAUUGCGGAGUUCACAAAGCAGUUGGUGAAGCAGUUCGUGUAAGUCAAGUGAUGAGUGGGACAUCCAACAAAGGACAAGAAAGGGACCGGAUUUACUGCAUUGGUAUAAUUCCUUGGGGCUACGUGGGGAAUUCAGAAUCACUUGUUGGCGAAAAAGGAAAGGGUCUGUACCCAGCUGAAUACAAGGUUAACCCCAUUGUGAAGCGAAAAGAGCCAGUUUCCCUGGAUCCACAUCACACUCACUUCCUGUUGGUAGAUGAUGGAACCAUGAUGUCGUAUGGGUAUGACAUACCGUAUCGUGCGGAACUCGAGAACGCAAUGACAGAACUAGCUGACGAAGGACCAACUGAUAGAGUACCAACUGACAAGACUAAAGCAAUAUCAGUGGUGAAAAUUUGCUUGGGAGGUGGUGAGGACACCAUCAAUUCCGCAAAGAUAGCUGUUGAAAAGAAGACUCCCGUUGUCUUUUGUGAGGGUACCGGAAGAGCAGCUAACUUGCUAGCUGAAGCAAGCAAGAAUUGUGUUUUCGAUGAGCUUAAUAAAGUGUGGAUAAUUGAACCUUCUAAGCAGAAAGAUAUUAAUGGAAGAAUAGCAAGCGUGUGUCAAUUUGGUGAUGAUCCUAAAAAAAAGGAAAAAAUAAAAGAUCUAGAAGAAGCAAUCAGCGUUAUAAUGAAACAUAAAAGAAUGAUAACUGUCUUUAGCAUGGAUGGCGGUGAACAAGCAGGUUUGGAUUUAGCGAUACUAAAGGCUAUUCUCAAAGGCGAGGCGGCGAAACCUGAGUCCCAGUUGGAGCUGGCCCAGUCAUGGGGUAGAGCCGAUGUUGCUAAGAGUAUAUUUGAAGGCAACAACGAAUGGAAACCUGAUAGUUUUGAUAAGUUUGUGACAAAGGCAUUAAAGAAAAACCAAGUCGAUUUCCUUCAACUGUUUUUAGAAAAUGGCGCCAUCAUGAAAGAAUAUAUAGAUACGCACCUAACUGACUUGUAUAACAAAGAAGAAAAAGUUCUUUAUCGAAAGCUACUAGAUAAACUGAAGUUACCCAGAGCUUGUGAUGACAUGUCAACAUGUUGUACAUCCGGAUCCGCAUCCGACGAUGUCCAGAUGGUUUCACAAUUUGAACACCCCUUCACAGAGUUGUUUGUGUGGGCAAUUUUAGGAAGCAGAAUGGAUCUUGCAGAGUUCCUUUGGGAGCGUGGUGAGAACCAAGUGUGUUUAGCUAUUGUUGCUUAUCGAAUGAUCUCUUCAAUGUCAAAAAAAGAGAAAGAUUCAGCCAGUAAAUUUGAAGAGCUUGCUCUCAGUGUCAUUCAAGAGUGUUUUUGCACGAAUGAAGAGCUAGCCCAAAGGAUGAUAACGACCCCCCAUAAGCUAUGGGGUGGCAUGGACACCCUAAAAAUAGCUGCCAACUCAAACUUUAAGGAAUUCAUUUCGCAUCCAUGUGCCCAGGCCGUCCUUGACAAUACCUGGAAGGGCGGUAUGCAAUGCUCGUGGUGGGAGGGAGUUUUGGCUUGGAUUUUUCCUCUGUUGCUGCUGGUAAUUACUUACAAGACGGAAAAAUUGGCAUGUGCAAGUAUUUGUAAAGUUUGGAAGGUUUAUAAUGCACCUGUAACAAAGUUUAUUGGCGGAGUGAUGUCAUAUAUGUUGUUGCUACUGUUGUUUAGCUAUGUGUUGAUAUUCAAUUUUCAAUCAAAGCCUUCAUUCUGGGAAAAUGUACUUUUCGCCUGGAUUUGCACUCUCAUCAUUGAAGAAAUUCGACAAUUAAAGGUAGACCCACUUCAAUGGGCGCGCAGUUACUGGAAUUGGGCUGACGUCUUUAUGUUGAUUCUAGCCUUAGUUGGGUACGUCUUACACUUGAGCUCAAAGAAGACAGAAAGUGCCAAAGAAUUGUUCUCUGCCAGCUGUUUUUUAUUCUAUGUCAGGUUACUUAGAUUUUAUGCUGUUUAUGAGCGUCUUGGUCUAAAAAUAGUUAUGAUAAGGAAAAUGAUAUUUCAGCUAUUGCUGUUUCUUGGUAUUUUACUUGUUUUUAUGGUCGGUUAUGGUGUAGCCAUUCAGUCUCUUCUCUUUCCUAACGAAAAAGACGUUGGUGAAGCUAUUGUUGGUGUCUUGUACAUGCCUUACCUCCAGAUUCUUGGUGAAUUGUUUCUGGAUGUUACAAUUGAAGGUAAUCUUGAAGACUGCAGUAGUAACAACACAGACGAUAACCUGCAUCUUUGUCCCAAGACGGGUCCCGUGGUUUCGAUACUGUUUGUCAUCUACCUGUUGGUAGGAAACGUCCUGUUAUUGAACCUCCUCAUUGCAAUAUUCAGUUUUGUUUUUGAUGAGAUUCAAAGCAAAUCCGAGAUGAUUUGGAAGUAUGAAAGAUAUGCACUAGUGAUGGAAUAUGUUGAUAAACCUACUCUCGUACCACCAUUUCAUGUCUUUGAAAUAAUUAUCAAAUGGUUGUACAGAAAGCACAUCAACUCAUGUUGCAAACAGCAUUCCACAAAUGGUUUGUACGAGACAGAUGAUGAGUUGAAAACAUUCGAGAAGGAAUGUGCUGCAAGAUAUCUUUGGAAGAAGGCAGAACUACAAUAUUCAGAAGUUAGUGAGAAGGUUGACAGAAUUGAAAAAAAGCUUGACGAUUUGUUAAAAACAAAGUCAAACAAAUCAGAAGAAGGCAAUUUAGAUGUUAGUGUCAAGGUUGACAGAAUUGAAAAAAAGCUUGACGAUCUGUUGAAAAAGGGUAAAGGUAAGGUAGGAGGUAGGUUCUGAGCAAUCUACGGAUAGAAAUAAUCGCAUUGGUCGGAUGGUUGGUACGGUUCCAUCAUGUCUGAGGGCUCGUAACUUCAAUGAUGGCACGCCAUCUGUCGAUCUGCAGCCAAUUGAUACAGCCAAACCAAAGAUAUAUUUCUGUCUGUCCACCUCCACUUGGACGGCUGUGCUUUCGAGUUCCCUUGAUCUCGAUGUGCCAAACACAUUGGACAUUGACUAAUCUCAAAGUGUAAUCGAAUUUAACAACGAAUUGCAAGUUAUGUAAUUAUAAUUAUUCAGACAAGAGGGGAAAGUUUUGCUUUGUAGCCUAUUACAAAUGAAAAACGAAAUUCUGAUAUUUUAUGUAGAGAUUUUGUUAUUUUAUAUAGUUAAAUACUAUGGCAUUUAAACAAUGGUAGGGUAUAGGACGAUAUCUUUUUGAUUGUCGUUUUGGCUUAUAGUCUAUAUUAACAGGUAUUUGUAAUAGUAUUACAUUUCUUUAUUGGUUUUAGUUGUAGAGAGAAAUAUGAAUGCUUAGCAUAAUCUUCAAUUUCAGAUAUUAUACUAUUGCUGCCUAGUGUUAUUAAAGUAUAUUGAGCAUUUAACGCAUUGGGCAUUGAAUAAUUACAAAGUAUGGGGGACAUUUCGUGAGCCCACACCCACCGAAAAUUUUAGGAAAUAGUAGCUCUAGAUGACCGGAAAUGACACUUUUAUAUAGAAAAAUUCAUCAUCACAUCACCAUUAUAAUACAUUAGUCAAAAUGAAGCGCCAACAAAUUUCUCAUGAUGUUUACCAGCGAUUUUCGGCAACCAUAGAUUUAAUAUUGUACUAUAGAAAAUAAAUAUUAAAAACAUUGUCUUUGAUGUAUUUAAUUUUUUUUUGAAUUAGUAGAUGGCUAGAUGCUUUUGAAUGUCAUCUGAAAAGAAGUUAAGCUUAAAAUAUAAAGUGUAUGUUUUACGAGAUUAGCCUACUACAUGUAACAUGUAUACAUGAGAAGCACACACAAGACGAGUGACCAUAUUUUUUUAAAUUUCGAGGUCACCAAAGGGCGGUCGCUAAUCACCCUAUUCGCCAACCCCCACCCCCGAUUCGCCACAUGUACUUGUAGCCUCUGUUAAGCAAGGGAUCGUGGUAUUUAAUGUAGUUAAACAUUAUGACAUUUAAUAAACAAAAUGAUUAUCAUCUUUGUUUAUAGCUAUAGGCCAAAUUACAAUAUUUUAGAUGGUUUCUUUAGAAAUAUGAACGUAGCUGCACCAAAUAUUUUCAAUUUCAAGUAUAUUAUCAUUACUCAGUAGUAUAUUGAGUAUAAACGCAUUGAACAUUGACUAACCUCAACGUGUAAUUGGAUUAAACGAUGAAUUGCGAGCUAUCACGUUUAAUACUGUACAGCAUCCGCAAACGUUAAAAUAUAAAAGCAUAGAUAUUGUAAACAGAAAAUAGUUUGAAAACACAGUUCAGACUAUUUCAGACCUUAUUGAGACCUGAAAUGUGGGGUUGUCUUCAGUUAGCGGGUUGGUUUUACAUUUAAAAAACUGCCAUUUCAUUAAAAAAAAAAAAAAAAUGUGGGAUCUAGAUGUUUUUUAUCACUUUGUUUAUUGAUUGCUUGUAUAUUAUCUUGACAUACAGGCUAUUGUUCCAUUGUCCCUAUACCUUGCUUCACUUCAUGUUUGUAUACAGUAUUUGUCGUACGUCCGGUACAUAUUUAUAUUGUGUCAUCUUUAAUAAAAUCUGGCAAAUUUAUACCUUGUUCCCAGGUUAUAUUUAGUAAAAUAUAUAUAUUUUUCCCACAUUGGCACUUUUAAUGGAAAGCUAACUGCUAAGUGCUGUAGUUUGGGUUAUAUUUGAUCUAUACUCAUUUGAAGGAUGAAUUCAUUUCUACCUUAAGAAAUUUAAGAAUUUACAACUGGUACAAUCAUUAGGCUGCAUUAUUUAUUGCAAAUGUUAUUCAUAUACCUAUAUACAGUAAUUUGUUUUUUCAUGAAGACAAUACAAUGUGUAAAUAUCUGCUUGCAAAAAAGAGAUUUAAAUGCAUUUGAUGUAACAAUAAAUUGCACAUAAGAACCCACAAACUUCAUUUUGUUUUGUUUUUGUCAAAAGUUGUGGUUUUAUUGAUUUUAUCAUUUACUUAUUGUUAUUUGUCAAAUCUUUAAUUGUCUACUAUUUUUAAUUCUAAAGAAAAUUAUCAGUUGCAAUUAGGCCAUGUAAAAAAAUUAGUUGCUAGUCUAAACCUAUAUUGUAGGCAGUGGCAAUAAAGAAACUAUUAUAUUAUUUCUUUACAUGACCUAUUUGAAGUAGCAUCUUCAAAAUCCUGGAUCAACCAGCAGGAAAAGAUACACAAGGAGACUGUACUCUCACACUGGCUUCCUCUUGAGAUUGGGCAUUUUUUGAAAAUUAUGCUUACAGUCGAUAUAACAUACACCUUUACAAUGAAUACAUUGUUACAAAGUGUCACUUUGAUAUACCAGUUUUCUUCACUUUCAGCUGAGGGGGCGUGUGACAAACACUAUGGGAUCACUAUCACCGAUAGUCGUAUUUGUACAUGUUGUAUGCAUGUUUUGACAAAAUAGCACAUUAAAAAAAUAAUUUGAAGAAAUUCUGGAAUGCGUGAGAAUAUAUAUAGGCCUCGCUUGAGAGGUCGAAGGUAAACGCGUGAGACUUGUGAAAUGCGCGAGACUUGACAGGACUGCUCUGUCCCACUAUGAAGCAUUAUGUGACAAAUACACACGUGAUACAAAAUCUCUGUCUAGACAUCAAAUUUUCUUUUACAAUAUAUCCAUACGUAGUCAUGAUGUGUAUAUUGGGCCUGCCAUGCCAAAACCAGCAUCAGCGAUCAGAACAAGAAAACUUUUUAAUAUUAUAUUCUCCACAUUAUAAGCUUUGUCGUGAUUCUAAUUGUUGCUGAUUUUUUUUUUUUUUUUUCCUCCUGUGUCAGUCCUUUUUCUCUGUGUUCUGAUUUUCUCGCUUGUUGCAUUUUAAUGAUAUUUGUGAGGCCUCACCACAAAAUGAGUCUCAUGGUUGGAAUAUGAACAAAAAUUGAGUUUAUAUUAUAUUUGGGUAGAUCGCAUUAUAAUCUUUAAUUUGGUCUUUGAAUGGCUUCACUAGGAUAUGUAGAUCCAGAGAUGUGAGCAUUUAAAUAUUAUGUGUAAAAAAACCACAUUUUGAAAGAAUUGGCCUCCAAGAUAAACUCUCCUGUACAAAUAAUAGGACUAGAAUUACAGAAUAUGCAGAGAACACUGUUUUAGUAGGAAAAUUCACCUAAAAAGUAUAUAAUCAUUAAAUAUAAAUGUCAAGUUAUCAAAAAACAUUAAAAUCAAAAUUGUGUAAAUUUUUGACUUUUUUGGUGAUUAUCUCAAAAUGAUUUCACCAACGAUGCGUCUCAUUUCGUGGUGAGACCUCACAUUUUAUCUUUUAAUAAUCUUGUAUUUUGUACAUUUUGUAAAUCUACUUGAAAUUCAGUUAUAUUUUACUGCUAUGAGUUAUGAUAAUAAAAAA